AUGUGGUCAUCGCAAACAGGAUGGCCAGCUACAGCUCAGUAUAUUCAUACAACCAUACCAGCUCAGAAUGGUACUCUAAAUCCCACGGGACUUAAUCCCGGAUAUCUAGACCCAUCACAAUUCGUCGGAAGUCAAUUCGUCGGAAGUCAACAACGUACGCAAGGAUCAUGCAUGCAUGUACAGACGCCUGGAUUUUUUGUAGAAACCAAAUCAAAUGCCAGAGUGAAGUUAUUACCACAUAUGCGUGUGUUAGGCGUUAAGAUAGAACGCAAUAUUCCCCACAGACCUGUGGUAGAUCCGGACACUGGUACCGUGUACUUUCAAUGUAUCGAUUGCAAUCAAUCUUAUCUAUUCAAAAGACUGACAGAUUUGAAAACCCACAUCCGGCGGUGUCACUCCCUCAAGGAAGACGGAACAGAAACAUCUCACCACGGAAAAUCCAUCUUGCACAGGACACACCAAGACGACAACCACCACCGUGAAACGCAAACGGAGUAUCACGGAUCGACAGACCGGCAUCCUGGAGACCGGCAUCCGGGAGACCGACAACUGGGAGACCGACAACUGGGAGACCGACAACUGGGAGACCGACAACUGGGAGACCGACAACUGGGAGACCGACAACUGGGAGACCGACAACUGGGAGACCGACAACUGGGAGACCGACAACUGGGAGACCGAGUAGCUAGCUACUCAAAACACCCCGGCGACCCGUCAGUGGUAGGCGACUGCGAAACCGGUGGAGCGUCUAACGUAAAAAAUGACAGUCAAAGACGGCGCGAUCUUCGUAAUGACUUUCGGGGCAAUUCUCUCGAUGAGUCGAAACCGACAAGUGACAAGGAGAACUUGUUACGUGCUUUGAAGCGUCGUGACCCCGAGGCUUAUGCGCGUUUGGCUGAGCUACACACCUUGGGACUCAGCGACCAGGAUGCGUUUCAGGAGUUGCUGUCGGUUUGCAGCUCCGAGACUAUUCGGAAGCUGCUCCUCAACGGAACAAUGAAUUUCGGAACAGUGGGCUCCUCGGGCAAGGGCUCUAAGACACUUGAGGUUCGACAUCGAGUGCCCGCUCCAGUCUCUCAACCUGGCUUGCCGCAUAGUGCUUUACCCCGGAGUGCCUUGCCAAACAGUGCGUUACUCCCGCAGAAAGUACCUCCUGCCUCGUUAAGCAAGCCAGGGAGCCGCCUUCCCCGAUCGUUGCCGGGACCGCGUUCGGGCAGCAGAGUACACGCGCCCAAGAACGCCCAAGUACUGGAAAACCGAGAGCUGGUUCGAGCGUGCGACGCUGAAGGACAUGUCGCGGGCCCGUACGGCACGAAUGGGAGGAGCCAGCGCGGCGAGAAGGACCGGAGUUUUACAUCGAGCUGCCUCGCGCCGGCAGGACAAGUUACUGAGGAGUGCAACACCGGGUACAGUGGUGGUUUGCCGGAUGAGAAGGUGGAGGAUGGCGAAGGGAGUAGGGCGGAUGGGGAGAGGGGUCCGGCCGAGGACCAGGAGGAGAACUUGAUGUGCUCCGGUCUCGAUGAGCUUCCUCCGCAUGUUCCAGAAACAGGAUGUUUUCUGGACAUGCCUGCGGAGGGUACAGAGCAAGUGGCCCCGACCUCAGGGACCGCCACAGAAGCCGUUGCGGGAGCGGAGGUCAAGCGGGUGUCUGCGGCGCUAUGUGCCGCCGCGUGCGACAGGUUUCCGAGCGCGACUGAUGAAUGGUUCGAAGUCAACAGUCCGACCGACGCCACUUUCGACCAAGACACCGCCACGGCACCUCGCAACCCCGCACCUCGCCAACCGCUACGGGACCCGCUACGGGACGAUUUUACACCCUCUUCCGAGAUCAAGGCCCCCGUACCAGCCAACCGCCUCCCGGUGGCCCGCGUUUCUGCGGAGCAGGUACCGCGCGGUCUUCCCAGUGAGACGCGGCCCAGGGAGGAAGAUCCCAGGGAGGAAGAUCCCAGGGAGAAAGAUCCCAGCGGCAAGUCCCUCCAGGAACACCGGGAUCAUGUCGACCAGUUGCUGCGCAACAUCAGCAAAACGCAGAGCUGGGUAGACCUGACUAAUAAACCUGGGCACGCCUCCGAGACCAACGCCUCAGGGACCAACGCAUCCGAGAGCAACGCCUCAGGGACCAACGCAUCCGAGAGCACUAACUCGGAGGUCGUUUUAAACCGAAGGAAGAAGGCGGUGUCUCGUCAACAGACAAUCGAAGCUCGCUACGAUAUUUUCGAGAGUAAUCAAGACGUCCUCAACAGGAUGCGUAUUGCGAGUACGCUGGAUGUUGCGAGUACCCUGGAUGUUUCGAGCACGCUGGAUGUUUCGGCUAGGCAACACACGUUGAGGAACCCUGACUGCUCGGACAGGCACGCCGCCACGGGUCGAGAUAGCCCGAUGCGUCGUCCAGAUGGCAGUGGCAGUUGGAUCCUGGACGGUCAUGAAUCGGAGCUGGUGAUGCUACCGUGUGCGUCGAUUCCACAUUUCAAAGGGCCUGAUGCAGACGUGAUUUCGCAACGCAAUACCGCCGCCUUUCAGACCGAGGAACACGCGGAACGGAACACGUCCCAAACAAUCGUUCCUCUGGAUGGUGUGACCCAUAAUGAAGCGACCCAUCAGUUUGAGAGCAAACACGAGGGUAUGUUAACCAGGGACCUUUCUCUGAUAAGUACACAGCUGCCGGAAAGCGUUGUGUUCAGUCAAGAUUCCUCGCAUUGCAGGAGCGACCCGAACCGGAGCGACCCCAAGCGGAGCGACCACGACAGAAGCUCUGACCACGACAGAAGCUCUGACCACGACAGAAGCUCUGACCACGAGCGAAGCUCUGACCACGAUCGAAGCUCUGACCACGACCGAAGCUCUGGCCACGACCGAAGCUCUGACCACGAUCGAAGCUCUGACGCCGUGAGGGCCCUCGAAAUGGUAGCGCCUGAGGAGUAUGGUCAGCAAGCUGCAACUGGCGACGCCUCGCAGAGACAAGCAAGUCGUCCCGGAACAAGAGUCGCUGAAGACUCGUCAGGGUUUGACUCUCGUGGGAGACCACUCAUGAGCAGUGGACCCCUGGGGCUGGAGGAGCUAUCAUUGAUGUGCAGAAGGACGACAGAGGAAGUGCUAGACACAAUCGUGUCGCAGGUGGUGGCUCGCAUAAGCACCGCAGAGACUCUACCCACUGCGGCUACGUCCACUGCGACUACGACCAUUGCGGCCAAAAGCGCAAGACCAAGAACGGCCAAGGCGACAAAAACAAGCUCUAUAAGGGUUGUGAAGGGAACCCAAAAGGACAGCUGGUCUGAGCCGAUCUUCCUGCCUUUCCACGAACGCAGAGUCAAGGAGUCUAGCACCCAAUGUGCCGUGGCUGCCCUACGAGUCGAUGUCGGGAUUAUGACAGAGAACGCCGGCGUGGUGGACAGCGCGGGGGACCAGGAGACUGGGGCAAUGGGGAAGCAGGAGAUUGGGGCAAUGACCGACGCAGCAGCUGGUUUCUGCGAGCACUGCGGGCGUGCAGCCGCCAGUCCCAACCUGAUCAGCCGUCAAGACGGACCCCGGGAUACUGAAUCUCGAGAUACUGGACGCCGGGAUACUGAACCCCGAGACACUGAAGCGAACAAGAGUGCUGAACCCCAGGAGACUGACCAACCGAACAAAAGUGCGCUACCGAGCACAUGUGCGCGACCGAGCAAGAGUGCGCGGACGAGCCGGAGUGUGCGGUCAAGCAGGUAUGCACAACCCGCAUCCUCGGGGCGCAAGCCACUUUCGACGCCGCGGAAGGCUCUGGUGGUGGUCUCGGGGAGUCAGGGACCGGGGAAACAGGCGUCGGGAAAGACCGUCGCGAAGGGAGCGGUGGCCAAGAUUCAGAAGACGCGACCGAGGGAGGGACGCAGAACUCGGGGCGUGCGAGUCACCGUCCGUGAACCGGCGACGUCGGAAGCAGACGACGACGAAAGCGAAGAUGCGGUGGAGAAUGAUACCUCACGACCAAGUCAAAAAUCGGGUCAAAAAUCGCGCCAAAAAUCGGAUCCAGACCAGAGCGGCGUUGGCUCCGGUGGACACUCGCCGGCUGGUCUGCAACGAGCCUGGAGUCGCCAUCAGACAGACCGGCGAAAUGGUCUAGCUAGCAAUAAGGCCACUUGCGGAGCAAUAAGGCCACUUGCGGAGCAAUAA